AUGACGUCACUGAGUAAAAUGCUACCAGUGGCAUCGCGUGGGCUUCUGAAGCCAGCUUCGUUCAUGAUGCCUGCUAUACGAGAGUCUCACGCUAAUCUCUUUAGGAAAAGGCCUCCCCAGCUGAUCAGCAAUAGGAUAAAAGACUUCUGCCACUUCUAUUUUAUUGGUAUCGGAGUGUUGCCCGUUAUGCUUUGCCUCGCUUAUAACCAUAUCGUUUAUGGAACAUGCGAACUGAAGGAUUAUCCCGAGGGUGAACCUCCACAUUAUUGGCAGUUCGAGAGAACACCCGUUCGUCAGUGGUGGGCGAAACACUUCGGGAUUUCGGAUAUCGAACACCAUGAAAGGAAUCUCGCAUAUUAUGAAAAACUAGGAAUACAGGCUAGAUGGAGGUCUGGCAAAUUGAGCAGCGUGUUAAACAUUUGGAAGGAGAGCGUUGGGAUUACAAGGCUUGGAGUUACCAGCCGGUGUCGACUACUUGGGUGGAUUACGGUAGAUGGCAUGCCCUGCGCCUUCGAGACCAAUACGAACAACAUGGACAUUAUCCGCAAUAAUUUGUUCGACACGGCUGCCGCGAUGUGGAAAGAUACAUCCAGCGGUCAUUGUUGGGAUAGUAGAUGA